UAUGCCUCUGGAUCUAAUAUCACCUACCUGUCCUUGUCACUCUAAUAGUCAGCCGAGGUAGCCGCUGUUAUCCCCGAUGCUAGUAUGGCUGCACUCAAUGGCCUAUUUUAAAGCAUUUUCCAGUUUAUAUAGAAAGAGGGUUUCAUCUCAACCGCAAGAGGAACCGCGCUGCUGUGCAUUUUUGGGGGAGCUGAACACAUUCCGCAGACGGACGACUUUCCGCCUAUCCUGCGUGUACUAAAGGGGAGUUAAUCUGCUUUUGACAGCCAGUUGUGCGAUCUUUUACCGAUGAACUCUAUGAGGGAUCCAUUAAACAUAGACCACCACCACCUAACAGGGAAUAAACUUGCCUCCACGCACCACACGGCUCUGGCAAUGGCCUCUAGUUUACAGCCGCUGCAGCGGUCUGUGGACUCUAAACAUCGGUUAGAGGUGCACACGGUGUCGGACACGUCCAGUCCGGAGUCUGUCGAGAAAGAGAAGAUCCAAAAUAAAAACGACGACUCCUCAGAUGACCCCUCUAAAAAGAAGCGGCAGCGGCGGCAGAGGACUCACUUCACCAGCCAGCAGCUGCAGGAACUGGAGGCCACUUUCCAGCGGAAUCGCUAUCCGGACAUGAGCACAAGGGAGGAGAUAGCCGUGUGGACCAACCUCACAGAGGCCCGGGUCAGGGUUUGGUUCAAGAACCGGCGAGCCAAGUGGAGGAAACGGGAAAGAAACCAACAAGCCGAGCUUUGCAAAAACGGCUUCGGCCCGCAGUUCAAUGGACUCAUGCAGCCCUACGACGACAUGUACCCCAGCUACACAUACAACAACUGGGCCGCCAAGGGCCUCACGUCGGCCUCUUUAUCCACCAAAAGCUUCCCCUUCUUCAACUCCAUGAAUGUCAACCCCUUAUCCUCGCAGACCAUGUUCUCACCGCCCAACUCCAUAUCCUCCAUGACUUCCAGCAUGGUGCCAUCGGCGGUCACCGGGGUGCCGGGCUCCAGUCUCAACAGCCUCAAUAACUUGAACAACCUCAGUAACCCGUCUCUCAACACGGGGGUGCCCACGUCGGCCUGCCCUUACGCGCCUCCGACCCCUCCUUAUGUGUACAGGGACACUUGCAACUCCAGCCUGGCCAGCCUGAGACUGAAAGCCAAGCAGCACUCGAGUUUUGGAUAUGCCAGUGUGCAGAAUCCGGCCACUAAUCUGAGCGCUUGCCAAUACGCCGUGGACAGACCAGUCUAAUAUCUACCUGCACUGCAAAAAAUAACCACCUUAAGCAAGUCAUUAGAGGCUGGUAGUGACGCUUGAAACGUUAUCUCUCUCUCAAGUGAGUGAGAAAAUGUGGCGGUGAAAUAAUUUUACUUUUUGUAAUGUGUUUCAGGAAAUGUAUUAAUCAGCUGGCAUUCUGUUGAUGUAGGCUAGUUGGGGUGUGAUGUACAUUAUUCUGACUUUUUUUUUUUUUCCUCCUCUCAAGAUAUCGCCACUUUAUCCUUGGAAACUCCAAAAAAAAAAAAAAAAAACAUAUCAAGAAACGUGUGAAAUUAUCCCACCGCACCCUGUUGGUACAUUUAUUUUUUAUUUGAAUUUAGGAAUCACGCGAUUUUGAGAGUUAUUACGAGACUAAAUGGCUUGUUAUGGUGGUCAUUUUUUGCAGUGUGUGUGGGGUAAUCACAAACAGCCGGCCACAGGAACAAGAGACUACUAGCCUACAACUACUUUUUUCAUUUUUCAAAAAGGGCACUAGAAGACUGAACCACUGAAAAACAAGCUCAACUCCACACCGGAGUCCAACUGAAACGGGAGUUUUUAGGUUUAUUCCCCCCCCCCUUUUAAACGAGUACCGGCCUGUUUCACACUGCGGCACAGUAAAAAGCUACAGGCCUGUUUCAUUUUUUUUUCAUAGCUCGUCAUGAGGGGUUUCUCUGGUGGAUUUUUGGACGUUAAUUGUUGACUGAAAGGUUGUAUAUAUAUUUGAAUUAUCAUCUCCUGUUUGUCGAGGCGAAUGCGCUAUAACCCUCCAAUCCUCUCCAGGUUCAAUUUAUCAACGCAUGUGGAAAAAAAAAAAAAAAAAAUUACCC